AAUUCGAGGUAUUUAAAGUGUGUUUUUCACGUAAUCUGACUUAAUUCGAAGUCAGCGGGCAUUGGAUCCGGAAUCGAGUUCGUAUUUGACGCGUUCGGCACCGGCUUUCAGUUUAACAACUAAAUAAAUAAAGUGAAACAGAGAUUAGUAGUGAUUUAAGCCGUACGCAAUCCCCAAGGGGUCUAGCAUGAUGGCCAGGAUGCGGUACAAUAAUAUUGUAACUGCGAUUUUACUGGAUUUAUUAAUUACAGCAGCUGCCUACGCCGAUGGAGCUUGCAAUAUUGGAUGUUUAAAAACUGACAACGGACUUUUGAAAUAUCAACCUGGCAACGUGUAUGAUUAUGCCUUUGACAGUAUUUUAACUAUUGGAUUGAGUUCGGGUAUAGUUAGCGAAGCUGAUGAUACAAGUCUUAAAGUAUCUGGAUCUGCAAAAAUCUUUUCUAAAGGAAAUUGUGGGUAUACCUUACAACUAGGAUCAGUAAAAGUAACAAACACUAAGGAAUCGGUAGAAAAGAAGAUACUGAAUAAUAUAGCUAAGCCUGUGUUCUUUACCCUGAAUAGUGGUCUUCUUGAACCGCAAAUAUGCUCUGAACACAAUGAUUUGGAUUACUCUUUGAAUAUCAAGAGAGGUAUUAUAUCUUUACUGCAAACAGGAAUCGAGAGCCAGCAGGAAACUGAUGUUUUCGGGCAUUGUCCCACACAUACCUCAGUAGCCAAAAAUGGUAAUAUUGAUACCAUAACUAAAGUUCGUAACUUGAAUAGUUGUUCGCAUCGGGAACAGUUAAAUAGUGCCUUAAUUUCUGGUAAAAUCAAUGAGAAAGCAGGCUUAACUUCCAGUUUAAUCUUACAAUCAAACUAUAUUAAAGAAUCUAACAUCAUAGAUGGUCUUAUAGAUAAUGUCCAACUCACGGAAACCUAUAAAUUUUCGGGAGCCACCAAAGGUAACUCUGAUAUUAGUGCCAAAGUGAUCACAGUGAUUAAACUGAAAAAUCCUGGAGGUACAAAGGCUGACGCACCUCAAACAGGAACCGCUGUUCGUAGCGCCAUCUUUCAAAAACCGGAAACUUAUUCUUCAAAGAAUAUAAAUGCCUUAAAGACUGUUUUAUCUGAAAUAGUGGAGUCUACUGGUGAAUAUGUUAAGAAAGACAGUGCCAAGAAAUUUGUCGAGUUUAUUCGACUUCUAAGGCAAUCGGAUAGCGAUUCUUUAUUGGAGCUUGGUACUUUUCCACAUCCUAACAAGGUUUUGGCACGAAAAGUUUAUUUAGAUGGUUUGUUCCGUACCAGCACGACGGAAUCGGCAAGAGUUAUUCUCAAGCAACUCCCAAAGUUUGAUGAUAAAGAGAAGAUCCUGGCUAUCUUAUCCCUAAAUAUCGUUGAUUUGGUGGAUAAAGAAACUCUUACUCAUGCUGCUGCUCAACUGUCACCAUUAGCCCCAAAAGAGCUGUACCUUUCCGUUGGUAGUUUGAUUUCUAAAUUUUGUACGAGAAAUGAUUGCGAAAAUGCUCCCGAAAUCGAGGCAAUAGUGAAAAAGUUUUCUGAUGGCCUAAAACAUUGCAAGCCCAAUACGAAAAAGGAUGAAGAGCGUAUUGUUUAUAUCUUGAAAGGGUUUGGCAAUGCUAAAAGCUUAGGUGGCAAUGCGAAGAGCUCAGGUGCCAAUGCUUUAAAAGAAUGCGCCUCUGUAGGACGUUCCAAUCGCAUUCGUAUUGCUGCUUUGCAGGCAUUCUCCUCCAUACAUUGUGAUGAAGGCCUUCAAGCCAAGUCCUUAAACUUACUUAAAGAUACCAAUGAGGACUCAGAGUUACGUAUAGAAGCCUAUUUGGCUUUGAUAUCGUGCCCCAAUGGGGACAUUGCCAAUCAAAUAUCGGAGAUUUUAAAUACAGAGAAAGUUAAUCAAGUUGGUGGAUUUAUAGCCUCAAAUUUGAAAGCCAUACGUGACUCAACAGACUCUAAGCGCGAACAACAACGAUAUUACUUAGGUAAUAUCCGUAAUACAAAACAAUUCCCAAAAAAUUACCGUCGUUAUAGUUUUAAUAAUGAAAUAUCAUAUAGUCUGGAGACUUUAGGAUUAGGAGCAAGCUCUGAUUACUCUCUGAUUUAUUCGCAACAUGGUUUCUUGCCAAGAUCCUCAAGAAUUAAUAUUACAACUGAGAUAUUUGGCACCAAUUUUAAUGUCUUCGAAGCGAGUGUGAGGCAAGAGAACUUGGAGAAAGUAUUGGAAUACUAUUUGGGACCCAAGGGACUGCUUAAUAAGGAUUUUGAUGAACUGGUAAAGUUAAUAGAAGUGGGAAGCAAUGGAGCACCAGGAGCUGGAGGUCGAGCUAGACGUUCUAUUGUGGAUGAAGCUUCAAAGACUUCAAAAAAAUAUAAAACCUAUGGAAAUAAGAACAUUCAAGACUUAAACUUGGAUCUAUCCCUGAAGCUCUUUGGCUCUGAGUUAGCAUUUUUAAGCCUUGGAGACAAUGUGCCUACGACUUUGGAUGAUAUUAUUAAGCACUUUUCGGACUCUUUUGAAAAAGCCAAAAAGGAAUUGACCUCCUUUGAAAAAGAACUAGUUUUCAACAAUCUUUUCCUGGACUCGGAACUAAUAUAUCCAACAAGUAUUGGUGUACCUUUGGAGUUACAAGCUCAAGGUUUUGCGGCAACCAAGAUUGAUCUAGAAAUUAAUUUGGAUAUCGGUGCAAUUAUAGAACAAAAUUGGCAGAGAGCCAAAUACCGUUUAAAGCUUGUUCCGAGCGUAGAUGUUAAUGUUAAUCUUCAGGUUGGCUUUAAUGCUCAAGUGCUCUCUACAGGACUUCGGGUGGUAUCAACUGGACAUACAGCCACUGGUAAUGAUGUUACCGUAGCUCUUAUCAACGAUGGCGAAGGUUUUAAGAUAGACUUUGAGUUACCACGCGAAAAAUUGGACUUGAUUAAUAUAAAAAUUGAUACUGAGCUCUUUGUUUCCGAACAAGAUAAGCCCACUAAGGGCAUAGCUCUUAAAAGUUCCAAGAAAACAAAGAACUUACCAGCCCAAUCGAAUGAACUAUGCUUAAAUCAAUUGGAAAUUAUAGGUUUAAACUUCUGCAUUGAGAGCUCCACAAGUUUAAAUGAUAUUCAAGGAGGAAGUCAAGGAAAAGAUCUCGCCAUCUUAGAUCAAUUUCAUCUUUCAAAACCUUUCACUUUUGGAAUUACUUUGAUUGCAGAACGUAAGUUAUCCUUUUAUGGCCUACAUACAACUUCUGAUGGAACCCAAAAAUGGAAAUUGGAUUAUUCAACUCCCGGAUCUAAAGUUUCACAUGAUACAAGUGUCAUUUUCGAACUUGGAAUGAAACCCCGAACGUAUACUAGACUAUCUUUAGAUAAUACUCAGUUUCAUUUUGCGAUUGAAGGUGGAAUAAACAAUGAUAACAAAGAAUUAGUAGUAUACGGUCAAUAUGAACAAGAUAAGGCAAUUAAAAAAAGUAAAAUUGGCCUUAGUAAGAAUGGCAAUGAGUAUAAACCCAUAAUAGAGAUUCAAGAUAAUAGUGGAGGAAUUAAAAAUUCUAUAAAUGGUUAUCGAGCUGAUGGUAAAAUUACUGUUCAGAAGGCUAAUGAGAAACAACAGAGAUAUACCUUUGAAAACUUCCGCAUAUCCAAUGGAUUGGAUGAUCGUGUCAUAGUGAAUGGUUGGUCAGAUAUUGGUCCAAACACAUUAGCUUCUGAGCUACACAUUUCUUCCGAAAAGGAGUCCUACUUGGUUAAAGGUAAUGUGAAAUUUGAAAAUGGACUUUAUGGCGCAGGGUUCUUUAUCAACGAUGAAAGAUCACCGGAAAAUGUUUAUGGUAGCUCCGUACAAUUAACAACAGCUGAUCAGUCUUAUGGUCUAAAAAUGUUGGGUAGAGCUGCUACUUGGUCCAUUACUAGUGAUACUGAUGUUAGUGUGGAAAAGGAUGACAGCACUACCAAUCCUUUAAGAUCCGGAAAAGUGACGUCAAGUUUAGAAGCUAAAAAUAAAAACAAACAAGUUGGUGGUAUAAAGAUAAAGUCAACAUUUGACUCUCAUAACUUUGAUAUUAAUGCAGAAAUAUUACGUGAGCAGAAAAUUGGAUCCCUCAAUUUAAAAUACAAGAGCAAUCAAAGAACCCCCCAGGAUUAUGCAUUGGAAGCUAAAGCCACACUAAACAAACAUUCGAUCGAUGUAUUAUCGAAGAGGGAUUUGAACAACAAUGUCUAUAUUAUAGAGAACGUGGUAACCACAAGUUGGGGCACUUCCCUUUCCCUCAAAGGUGACCUGGGUCAACGUUUUACCCCCCAGGACAUCCACAUUGAUAUUCAGGGCAACUUUCAAUUAAGUAACAAUGAUAAGCCUUCGCAAUGGAUUCUAAAGGCUAAUGGAACACCAGAUAAGACCAGCGCGGAAUUUAGAGCUAACAGAGAUUCUAUAGAAAUUGUUAAGCUAAACGGAGAAUCCCAGCAUCCUCAAGAUAAAGUCGCAAGUGUUAAGCUUAAUUUAAUAGUUAAGAAUCUAUUAAUUGCAAAGGGAGAUUUUCGAGUAGCGAAGAAUGGAAAGGGAGAGCUCUUAGCCAGUUUUGAGACUCAGAAAACGGAACCCAAACAUAAACUUGAAGUUGAUUCGAAAUUCCACAUUUUAAAUCCUAAAUAUGAUAUCGAUACCACUAUUACAUUGGAUGGCGAAAAGAAACUACACGUUAAAUCUGAGAAUACAAUUGAUAAGAGCAAGUUUACGACCAAAAAUAUAGCUGAAGCCAAUGAAAAGAAGCUAAGUUUUGAAGCAAAUGGCAGCGUUAAAGGUGAAAACCGUGAAAAUGGAGAAAUUCAAGGUAGUUUUACGUUAACUACACCUUCGGGACGCAUUAUCGAUGGUAGUGUCAACAGGAAAGUGUCUACAAUCGCUAAAACUGGUAUUACCCAAGGCAAUAUCGACGGCAAAAUUAGUGAUACGUCAUCGGGGGGUAAACGUUCUUUGACCAUAAAGGGAAAACUUGAUCGCUGGAGUCCAAAGACCAAAGAGUUCUUAGUAAACACUAAUUUAAUAUUUACUGAUGUAGAUGAUCAAAAAUCUGAGUUAAGCUAUCAAAUUAAACUGCAACCCAAAGGUGAAAGUGCAAAGAAUUUGGAAUUCAAACUGAAUGCUCAGGGUAAACCCAUAAAUGAGCCCAUUGAUGUGACACUUGUCCUGAACGAUUUCAGUCCUCAAAGCGCCUCCGUAGUUUUGUCCACUAAAUAUGGUGACUCCGCAGCAUUCACUUUAAAUGGUAAUUUUAAUAAUAAUAAUCAGAAAUCCUAUGAGCUUGAAGCAAACUUAAACAUUCCAAAAUCAAAUUUUAAGUUCUUCAACAUUAGGAGUAAUGGCAAGCUGUUGUUGGCUUCAACACAAGACAGUGUGAACGUUGGGUCUUAUGAUGUUGUAUUGUUUGUCGACGCCAAAAAUGGCCAAGGACAAUACGCACGAAUAAACACAUUAUGGAAGGGUACUUCAAAAUCUGGAAUAUACGAAUUUGACGCUCAAACAAAUAAAAUGAAAUCGCCAUUGAAGUUCAAUGGUAAAUACCAAAAGGAUACUGAAAAAAAAGAUAACAUUGGUGAAGUAGUUACUGGUCAUCAAAACUAUUUAUUUAAUGGACAAUGUGGAGAGAAAUACCUAAAAACGGAAGGUUCCAUUACCUAUGGUUUUAAUAAAACGGAUUUAGCUUUUAAACUCGAUACUAGUUACGAAAAUGCCAAGGAUUUAGAAGUGAAUAUCAAGAGCGAAAAAUCCCUUGACGAUUCUACACUGUUGGUAAAAUCUGUAGUGAAACAAGCAGAAAAUUCGUAUAGUUUGGAUACAAAAUUAUAUCGCUCAGCUCAUAAAAAGGGUCUUGAGGCACUACUUAACUUACAAAAAGAAAAACCCAUGGUUUUUACUAGCAUUGUGGAGAUUUUAGGCGAACGUAAGGCCAAAAUAAUCUUGGAAAUCGAUAACCUCGUCGAAUUGGACCUUAAGCUUAAUGGCGAAGCUUCUUACACCAACAUUGAUGAUUUUUAUAUCAUUGGAAGCUGGAACUCCAAGAAAUUAAAACUCGAUAAUUAUGAACUUGAAGCACGGGCUCAAGGUAAAAACCUUAAAGUACAAAUUAAGAAUGCAAGCAAUGUCAUAUUUUUGGGUACAACCACCUAUUCGUUGAAGAAAGAGCUUAAUAAAUCAAUAAUAGAUGGUCAAGGUCAAGUCCAAUAUCAGGGUAAAACACAAUCUGGCAAUUUCAAAUUGACGCGACAACAUUAUGACAUAAACACCGAUAAAGAAGUUGGUUUUUCGUAUACCUUAAAUGGAAAUUUUGGCACAAAAAAUGGUGUUUCCAUUAUAAAAAUUACAAAUAAGGAGUUUAACACAAAAUUCUCUAUUUGUGAAGAAAAGAAACAGUGCACAAAUAUCCAAAUUCAGUCUCUCGUAAGCAUCAAUGACAUCAAAUUAGAUGGUAUUCAGCAUUCUACAUUGAUCUUAAUUGAUCUUCGUGAACUGGGCUACCCCUAUGAAUUUGAAUUCAAGUCCCAAAAUACGCGUCAAGGUCUAAAAUAUCAAUAUCACCUGGAUAGCUUCAUAGUGUCGGGAAACAACGUAAAGUACCAAUUUACUGCCAAUGUACAACCUUCGUCAUCUAUUUUGAUGUUAACUUUACCAAAACGACAGUUAGUAUUGGAAUCCGUUCAAAAAAUACCCAAAAACGGCAAUGUCUUCGGUCAUUACGAGCAAUCAGUUGCUUUCUUUACCGAUAAACUAAAGCGGCCCGAUGAUGUAGCUCGUUUAUCGGCCAUUAUCGAUAUAUCGGGAAAAGAGCGCGUUGCACUCAAUGUUCAAGGCGUUAUCAAAAUGGAACAUUCAACUAUUCGUUCUUUGAGCAUUUCAGGACGCUUUGAUGGUAAUCUUGAACAGCAAAUAUCAAAUUCAGAAAUUGUAUUCGAUGUAUUCCGUUUGCCGGAACAAAAGGUGAUUGCAACCAACGAAUUACACAAUGUACGUUCGAAAAAUGGUAUCAAUUUUUCAACAACAUCGAACAUUAGGUCAUCGGGACUUAAAUUCCAAUAUCAAGUUAUAAGUAACGCUGUCGUCGACACUGAAGCUCAAGAGUUAAAGCUUAACCUCGAUCUAAAUACUGGCAAAAACAGCUUGAAGGCAACCUCAUUUUUAAAUAAAGAAAAAAUGGAGAUUUCGUUCAGUGAAUCGAACAACCAAAUUAUUCAAUUCGUUGGAGACUUUAACAAACAAAAACGUUCUGCAAAACUGAAUUCAAAAUUGCAAAUUCUUAAUAAGAAGCCUGUAGAAAUUACUGCCGAAGUCCAACCCACAUUUGCCAAGCUAUCCUUCAAACGACCGGAUCUGAUCAAUAGCUAUGCGGAAAUAAAAUUGGGCAAAGAAUUAAAAUUCGAUAUUUCCGGCAAAGAAAAGCCACUGGUUAAUGGACGUGUAGCAUUGGAUCCUACAAACUUUUUGCAAACUAAUUAUGUGGCAAGCGAGGAAAAUGUUAAAGAAUUUUGGGAAAAUGUCGAAUCAGAAGUUAACAAGGACACCGAGGAUAUUUCCCAUAACAUCAAGAAUAAAUUUGAACUAUUUAAACAAGAAAGCCAAACAAUUGUGAAGUUGGCACAAGAUUCAUAUCCCGAUUUUACGAAGUUUAAGGUUAAAUAUGAUGAAACUAUCAAGGCAUUCAUUCAAGAGCUCGAAACGGAUGAAUCAAUUGCACCGAUUAUUAAUGGAAUUCGCACGCUAUUCGAAAAACUCUCUGGAGGAAUUGACCAACUGACAAAAGCUGUUACCGAAGAAUAUGAAAAAAUACAUAAAUCUUUGGUAGAAAUCUUUGACAAGUUACAAGCUCUGUGGAAUGACUCUAUUCUAAAAACCUGGGAAGAAUUCUAUUUAACAGCAACAAAAGUAAUUACUCAGUUGCGUAAUGAAAUAUUCACAGUAUACAAAAAAGCAUUAGAAAAUAUUUUGGAAACAUUAAAAAAAUAUGGACCAGUUUUGAAAAAUUACAGCAAGGCUAUUGCAGAAUUCUUAAAGCCAUUGAAUGAUGCUCUUCAAGAAUUGAUUAAGGUUGGGUCUCAUGCUGUCGAAGAGCUGAGUGACGAACUUAAAAAGUACGCUGCAAAUAUUCCGACAUUUGAGGCGAUUCAAAAAGAAAUUAAUGAACAAAUUGCCAGUCUAAAAUUAAUCGAAAAAACCAUUGAGUUUGUGAACAGUUUGUUUGAACAACUAAGUAUUUUGCCGCAAACGCAGGAGACUACGGAGUUUUUGCAAAAACUACAUGAUUAUUUGAGUUCAAAGCUUAAAAAGCAGCAAAUUAAUGACGAAAAAAUAUUGGAAGAACUUAGCGAACUUUUACUGAAAGCCAUUCGCUCCAUAUGGAUAUCGCUCAAGAGUACUGUUCCAGCAUCUACGUCAUCAACAUAUGCUUCCGAUUUCCAAACAUGGUUUAGUUCCUUGUUCUAUUCUGUUGAUAAUUUUGCCGUCAUACCAUCAUUACUGUCAUUCCGUUUAAGCGCCUGGAACUAUUUAGCAAAUGAGAAUUGGGAAGCGGUAUUUACAAAGGAGUGGCUAAACUCAUGGAUAUUCUUUAAUGACUUUGAACUACGAGGUCACAUCGUUGAUGGUUCGCAUAUAUUCAGUUUCGAUAAUCAGCAUUUCACUUAUCCGGGCAAUUGCCGUUAUAUUUUGGCUCAGGACAGUGUUGACAAUAAUUUCACAGUUAUUGCUCAGCUAGCAAAUGGAAAACUUAAGGGUAUUACACUAAUUGAUCGCGAUGGUAGCUAUGCCGAAGUUUCCGAAACUCUGGCUUUAAAACUAAAUGGAAAUGCUGUUGAAUAUCCACAACAUGUAUCAGGUGUACAUGCUUGGCGUCGAUUCUACACUGUGCACCUACACUCGGAUUAUGGUGUGAAUGUUGUUUGCACCACGGAUUUGAGGGUAUGCCACGUCAGUGUAAACGGGUUUUACACAAGUAAAACGCGCGGCCUGCUUGGCAAUGGAAAUGCAGAGCCCUAUGAUGAUUUUUUGUUAGUUGAUGGUACCAUCUCGGCAGACUCAAUUGUCUUAGGUAACGAUUACGGUGUUGGAAAAUGUUCAAUUGUUUCAAGCUCGCCUAAUCCGACGGUCCCGAGAUCAGAAAUCUGUAGCGAAAUUUUUGGUAUUGAGUCGCCACUGGCUUUGCAUUUCCUAACCGUGGAUUCUAGGCCUUAUCGUCUGGCUUGUGAUAUUUCUGUGACAAAAGUAGCAGAAAAAGAUAAGGAAGCCACUGCAUGUGUCUUUGCCUUGGCCUAUGGAUCUGCCGUUAAGCAAGUUAACAAAUUUGUGUUAUUACCAAAGCGCUGCAUUAAGUGUACAGGUCCUGUGGGUCAGCGUGAAAUAGACGAUGAAUUUACCGUUAAAUUGCCCAAUAAUAAGGCAGAUAUUGUGUUUGUUGUUGACAUAAAUGUAACUCCACCGGUGUUGAACAAUUUGAUAGCACCUGCCAUCACAGAUCUGCGAGAAUCGCUGAAAAGUCGCGGCUUUACCGAUGUGCAAAUUGGAGUAAUUGUUUUUGAUGAAACCAAACGGUACCCAGCCUUGCUGACAAGCGAUAAUGGAAAAAUUAAUUACAAGGGCAACGUAGCUAACGUUAAAUUGAAUGGCAUUAAGAACUUCUGUGAGAACUGUGUGGAGCAAAUAAUUACAGAAAAGCGAAUUUUAGAUAUUUAUAAUUUGGUGAAGCAGCUGUUGAAUAGUGUUGUACCGCAAGCCGAUGAAAAAGCAUUCCAAUUGGCUUUGGAUUAUCCAUUCCGUGCCAGCGCUGCUAAAAGUAUAAUUGGUGUGCGUCACGAUUCUUUGGAGUAUAAAAAUUGGUGGAAAUACGUGAGAGCCCACUUGACUGGCAGUCUUACAAAAUUCGACGGAGCGCUUCUUCAUCUGAUUGCACCUGUUAAAGGACUUACAUUAGAGGGCGUGACGGUUGAAAAAUUAAUUGGUUUCAACUCUCGCUUGGUGGCCACUGUUGAUGGCAAGGACAAUAAAAAGCGAGCGAAACUGCAGUUCGACAAUGAUAUGGGAAUUGAUUUUGUGUUGAAUAAUGGCGGAUGGGUAUUUGCCACGCAAAACUUUGACAAAUUAAAGCAACCCGAUCAAAGGAAAAUGUUAGGCCAGAUCACAACAUCGAUCGCCGAUACUCUAUUUAAAACUGAAAUCGUUAGUGAUUGCCGCUGUCUGCCAAUUCACGGAUUGCACGGCCAACACAAGUGUGCUAUUAAAUCUUCGUCAUUUCUUCCAAAUAAGAAGACCAAAGCUCACUAAUACCUAAUGUCUAAAUGCCUUGAAUUUUAAGGGAAUAAAUCGAAUAGUUUGAAAUAAUAAAUGAAUACAAAAAUGUA